AAUUACCCAGCACCUGACAGUUUUUAAGAUUGGCCUGACCGGUAACGGGUAACAAGAGCUGGAAGGCACAGGUAGGUAACAAAAGCUCGGUGAGUGGCUGGAAUGUGGAAGUCAUAACCGGGAAACGGGGUUACGAGUCAAGGUCAACUGAUCCCAACGCCGAAUGUGGGUCUAGUGAAUCUAACUUACCUCGGCAUCUCGUCGUCCUUAUUAUGUGAUAAUACACGCCUCUACCUAGUAAUACCUAACCUUAACCGCGUCGACUAAGUUUGUCGGCAACUGCUAUUUCAAUCAAGUUUGUUAUUCGACUUGUUUGUUUUGUUACAAUAUAGCCUCAAUAUAUCGUUCGUACUUCGUUCCUCCGUCAUCCACCUUAUCCGGCUUGUCAUAUACCUAGGUAUUUAUCAGCAUUUAUCAGGCUUCAGUUAUACCUAUCAAGGUGGUUGGCACAAGGCCACCAAUCCCGAACUCAAGAUGCCUUUCAACACCGAGCUGACUCGCCGCCUGGGCAUCAAAAUUCCUGUCGUGCAGGGUGGCAUGCAGUAUGUUGGAUACGCUGAGCUGGCCGCUGCCGUGUCUAAUGCGGGAGGGUUGGGUAUCCUCACAGCUCUCACCCAGCCCACACCCGAGGAUUUGAGAAAUGAGAUCCGGCGGUGUAGGAAGAUGACGAAAAACCCAUUCGGCGUCAACAUCACCCUGCUGCCUACCAUGGUCCCCCCGGAUUAUGGUGCCUACGCCCAGGUUGUUAUCGACGAGGGUAUCAAAGUCGUCGAGACCGCAGGCAACAGCCCCGGUCCAGUCAUAUCUAAGCUGAAGGCUUCUGGUAUCAUCAUUCUCCACAAAUGUACUACUAUCAGGCACGCCCAGAGUGCCAUCAAGCUCGGGGUGGAUUUUCUCUCCAUAGAUGGAUUUGAAUGCGCGGGACACGUGGGCGAGUCGGACAUCACCAAUUUCAUCCUUCUAAGUAAGGCACGCCAGACACUCAAGGUGCCCUUCAUCGCGUCUGGAGGCUUCGCCGAUGGCCAAGGCCUAGCCGCUGCCCUUUGUCUCGGUGCAGAAGGCAUCAACAUGGGUACCCGCUUCAUGUGUACCGUCGAAGCCCCUAUCCACCAGAAGAUCAAGGAGCAGAUCGUCCAGGCUCAAGAAACCGACACAGCCCUGGUAAUGCGGAGGUGGACCAACACCACGCGUCUGUACCGCAAUAAGGUCACGGACCAGGUCGUGAAGAUCGAAAAGGAGAGUAAGACAGGCGAAUUUGCCGAGAUCGCCCCUUAUGUAAGCGGGAAGCGAGGUCGGGAAGUUUUCAUAAAUGGAGAUGCUGAAUUCGGCGUUUGGACUGCCGGGCAGGUCAUUGGUCUGAUCCAUGACAUCCCGACAUGUGGUGCUCUCUUGGAUAGGAUAGAGAAGGAGGCGGAGGCGACGUUGACCUCAAAGCUUUCGCUUGCCAAACCCCAAAGCAAGCUAUGACAGGAAUUCUUUUUCUUUUUUUGUACAACAUGUUGUCAGAAGUAUUGCAGCUAGAACGAUUUCGGUUAAUGAGUAUUCGAUAUCGUUCAUUUACACGUUGUGAGAUCUUACAUACCAUAAAUGUUCGAGUACAUGUCAUGUAGAUCUAUACAAUACUUAGGGAUCCAAGCGUGUUACCGGAUUCUCGCAAUUCCCCGGCUAUGAGGGACGAUGGCAUUAACCAGUUUCUUGUAGAUCCCAGACACCCAGCCUCGGGUUAUCACACUUAGGAAGGUCGUUCAACUAACAUGGAAUUACGCAAGGUGUAG